GAUCAGGGUGGCCAUGAGAACCGCCAGGCGCGCCAGCACCAUGGAGGUGCCCUCAUUCCUGCGGCAGCUGGUGAAGGAAACCGAGAAGAUGGUGACCUUCUUUUUCAAGGGUGGAAGAAGGGACUCGGGAUCAGAUGAUGACUACUAUGAAAACGAUCCGGACGCUUGCAGUCCGUACUUGGAACGGCCCAUUCUGGCGAAAGAUUCAGCAGAAGGGGAGUCCAAAUGGGGCAUUACCUACGCCAUGGCCAGUAUGCAAGGCUGGCGAGCACAGAUGGAGGAUUCCCACACUUGCAUGCCAGAGAUGAGCGAUGCACUUCCAGACUGGAGCUAUUUUGCUGUGUAUGAUGGACAUGCGGGGAGAACGGUGGCUCAGUACUCUUCUAGACACCUGCUGGAUUUUAUUCUCGACACAGGUUGUGUGACGGUGGAAGAGGAUGUCGAACAGGUCAAAGAUGGCAUCCGAGAAGGCUUCCUCGCCAUCGACCGCCACAUGCACACCCUGUCCCGUAAUGAAAGCUGGGACCACAGUGGAUCCACAGCCGCCUCUGUCAUGAUCUCUCCACGAAACUUCUACUUCAUCAACUGCGGAGACUCGCGGACCUUCCUCUGCCGCGACGGCCAUGUUGUCUUCUACACAGAGGACCACAAACCCUGCAACCCACGUGAGAAGGAGCGCAUUCAGAAUGCUGGCGGCUCCGUCACCCUGCAGCGCAUCAAUGGGUCGUUGGCCGUGUCCAGAGCACUUGGUGAUUUCGACUUUAAGGAGGUGGAAUGGAGGGCUCAGACCGAGCAGCUUGUGUCUCCUGAGCCUGAGGUGUACGAACUGGAGCGUAGCCCAGAAGACGAGUUUCUAGUGGUGGCAUGUGAUGGUGUUUGGGACGCCAUUGGGAAUGAGGAUCUAUGUGCUUUUGUGCGCAACCGUCUGCAUGUCUGCGAUGAUCUGAGGGAGAUCUGCUCACAGGUCAUCGACCUUUGCCUCUACAAGGGAAGUUUAGACAACAUGACCAUUAUCAUCAUCUGUUUUGAUGGCGCUCCUAAGGUAACGCAAGAAGCGCUGCAGCAGGAGGCCGAGCUCGAGCAGCUCAUCGAGCAGAAAGUAGCAGAGAUUAUUCACGUGAUCAGAUCAAAAGACGAGGAGCCUGAUCUGCUGUAUGUGAUGAAAUUUCUGGCAUCUGAACCCAUUCCCGGCCUUCCACCAGGUGGAGGAGUCUCAUGCAAGAGAGAUUGCAUAAUUGCAGCAUAUCAGAAAUACGCAGCAGCCUUCAGACCUCUUGAGCCGAUGGACACCGGCGGCUCUGAUGACUCCACCUAGUGGCCAUUACCCAGAAGAAUCAAGCCUUGUAUUGCUGUACAGUACUGUAGAUGUACAGUAUAAAUGAAUGUGAGAAGGACAUUUGUGUUUCCUCCUUUAAAGAGGAGAAACUGUUUAGCCAAACUGUUUUUAUUUUUAUUAAAUAACUAUUGUGUAUUAUAAACACAAACAGAAAGCAUUUAUCAAAUGCUUCAAUAAAAAUAAAGCACUUGACAUUGACACGACACUCUAAAAAUGCUGGGAUUUGGUACAAUAUGGACAAAACUAACUGUUGGGAUAUUAUUAUUUUAUUAUUAUUAUUAUUAUUUAAAAAUCUUUGUUUAUUGUUAUUAUAUAUAUUUUUUGAAAACCUUGUGUUGAAGCUAAAAAUAAACUAUAGGCCUACAAGUUAAAAUUUCAGAUUUUUUAAAUGCUAAAAUCGAUAAUAUUUUAUGUAAAGAAAGUUUAUUUUUAACAACUUUGAUUCCAUUUUUUUCUUUUUUUUUCAUACCCUCAGAUUCCAUAUAAUAUCUUGAUUAGAUGGUGUUUAAAGCUGAAGAAAUAAUUCUUUCAGCUUUCAGAUUAGGCAUACAGUAAAAUAAAUGCAAAUACAGUUAAAGUUAGAAUUAUUAGCACCCCCUUUGAUUUUUUUCUCUUUUAAACAUUUUCCAAAUGAUGUUUAACAGAGCAAGAACAUUUUGACAUUAUGUCUAAUAUUUUUUCUUCAGGAGAAAGUCUUGUUUGUUUUAUUUAAGCUAGAAUAAAAACAGUUUUUAAGGUCAAAAGUAUUGGCCACUUUAAGAUAUUUUUGAUAGUCUACAGAACAAACCAUUGUUAUACACUAACUUACCUAAUUGCCCUAACCUGCUUAGUAAUUAACCUAGUUAAGCCUUUAAAUGUCAUUUUAAACUGUAUAGAAGUGUCUUAAAAAAAUCUAGUAAAAUAUUAUUUACUGUCAUCAUGGCAAAGAGAAAAUAAAUCAGUUAUUAGAGAUUAGUUAUAUAUAUAUAUAUAUAUAUAUAUAUAUUGACGUUAACUGUAUACUGUAUAUAUAUUAAGUGGUCACAUUUUAUCAAACCCCAGCAUUUUUUAGGGUGAAUUAAAAUCUUCUAAUGGAAGAUAAGACAUAUUAUUUCACUUUAUUUAAAGUUGAAGUGUAAAAGUUGAAAAGAUAGAGAUGUUUUAAGCACUGUGCCCAAUUGUAUGAACAGACAGAUGUAGGAACUGACUGGAUCAAUAAUUUCAUUCAAACAAUGAUUAAAAUAAUAAUUAUAAUUACAAACAAAAUAUUAAUAAAAAAUAAACCACAAUACUGAUUACUAAAUGAGAAUAUUAGAAAAAUUAUAUUAACAAAAGUUUGUUUUUUUCAUCUGUAAGCUGAGAUAACAGUGAACCUUCCAUUUGUUAGCUUUUAAGUAAAACUUUUUUUUUUUAAAUGUCUUGAAAUAAAUUAUAUUACACUGCAGUUAUGUUACGGUCCUGUUUUAGGAUUGACCUUGUGAUUUACAAACAUAUUUAAAAUACUUUAAUGUAUAUGUUAAAUAUGAUUUUUUUUUUGGAUGUUAAGCUCUUUUUUAAGUAUAAAGAGAGCAUAGACUUAUACGUGAACUUGUAAAACAGAUGUGUACAACUUUAUUAAAUGUAUUUGAACUAUA